CCUAUAAAAUCCAGCCAUCACCUCUGCCCACUUCCAGCUCCAACAAGUCACCUGCUGGUCUCUGAGCUCCCUACCUAUCACUCUGUCCCAUUGCCAUCCCCAUCCUCCUGCUGUGAGCGUGUUGUGUGAGCCCGGCCGGCCGGACUCUGUUGACGAGUGAGAAGCAAGGAUCUCCAUGGCGCGGUGCACCGGGUUCGUGGAGAAGGCGAAGCCCUACGUGGCCAUGAUCUCGCUCCAGUUCGGCUACGCCGGGAUGAACGUGCUCACCAAGGUGUCGCUGAACCAGGGCAUGAGCCACUACGUGCUCGUCGUCUACCGCCACGCCUUCGCCACGCUCUCCAUCGCCCCCUUCGCCCUCGUCCUCGAGAGGAAGGUCAGGCCCAAGAUGACGUGGCCAAUCUUCUGGCAGAUCUUCGUCCUCGCGAUGCUCGGGCCGGUGAUCGACCAGAACUUCUACUACGCCGGGCUCAAGUUCACCGGCCCCACGUUCGCCUGCGCCAUGAGCAACAUCCUGCCGGCCAUGACCUUCGUCCUGGCAGUCAUCUUCAGGAUGGAGAAGCUGCAGAUGAGGAAGGUGACGUGCCAGGCCAAGGUCCUCGGGACGGUGCUGACCGUGGCCGGCGCGAUGCUGAUGACGCUCUACAAGGGCCCGCUGAUGCAGCUGGCGUGGACGACCAACAGGCACGCAUCAUCGUCGCGCGCGGCCGCCGAGGCCCCCGCCGCCGCCGCCGCGGAGAUCAGCGGCAGGGACUGGUUCCUCGGCUCGGUGUUCGUCAUCGUCGCCACCCUCGCCUGGGCCUCCCUCUUCGUCCUGCAGACGCACACCAUCAAGCAGUACUCGGCGCAGCUGUCGCUCACCACGCUCGUCUGCUUCGUCGGCACGCUGCAGGCCGUCGUGGUCACCUUCGCCAUGGAGCGCCGCGCCUCCGUCUGGACCAUCGGAUUCGACAUGAACCUGCUCGCCGCCGCCUACGCCGGCAUCGUGACGUCGAGCAUCGCGUACUACGUGCAGGGCCUGGUGAUCCAGAAGACCGGGCCGGUGUUCGCGUCGGCGUUCAGCCCCCUCAUGAUGAUCAUCGUCGCUGUCAUGGGCUCGUUCAUCCUCUCCGAGAAGAUCUACCUCGGGGCCGUCCUCGGCGCCGUGAUCAUCGUGGCUGGGCUCUACUCCGUCCUCUGGGGCAAGGAGAAGGAGACGCGGGAGAAGGAGGCGGACGCCAAGACGGCGCUGCCGAUGGCAGUGGUGGCGUCGUCGUCGUCUUCCGACGACGACGACGAUGGAGCAGCAGGGAUCGCCGCCGCCGGCGUCGUUGGAGAUGGCGCCGCGGGGUGCACAACGUCGGGAAUGACGGCGUGAGGUCAUCCUCCGGUGUACGCGGAGCAGCUGCUAGUACAGUUUGAUUGGCCUCAGAUCGACGUACUCCCAAUAAUUAUUUGCCUCCAAGCACAGUACACUAUACCUACUAGAGAGAUAGUGCAGAGCAGCUGUUUGGUUUGGAAAAUGGUGGAAUGGAGGUUUUAGCACGAACUUAAUUUGGGAAGAAUUCUACAGUUCGAUGGCUACAAAAGGCUCCUGCAUUAUGCGUUCCCAAACACGCCGGUUUCAUCACCAAAGGCGCACGCAAAACGAACCCUGCUGCAACUGAAAAAAUGAAAGCUAGCGUGGCAUUUUUGCUUUUUAUAUAAUCAGCUCUGAUUUAAUAUUUUGGAAACGUAACUACACUGAAUUGUACCAGUAUUUCUACCUAUCCUAUACAUCCCAACUUGUAAUCGUGGUUGUGUGUAUCACACUAUCCAAUAAUUAUAAAAUGUUUAAUCAGUAGUAACUUUUUUU